AUGCCGGGUGUAAAAAAGGUGAGCGGCCUAUGGGACAGGCUAGGUGCCGCUUUUGUACCCAAUAUUGCCGCCUACUUGAAGGAGCUCGAAGUCAACCCUAACAAAGUAACAAACCUGAGAGAGCUCAUCGAGUUUAACAAAAAGGACAAGCGUGAGAACGUUAAAGACAAUAGACGAUGGGAAGAUGCGCUGGCGCUCGGCUACGAUAACACGAGCCCUCGCUUUCACGACGCCGGCCCCGAAGGUUUUACGGGUGCUAUUGAAAAACACAAACUGGACUUUAUCCUAGCCGAGAUGCAAAUUCUAGCGUAUGCUACACCUUACAUUGGAGGGCCAGCGAUGGCUGUGCCGAUGAAGACGCAAGGCAAACAUCCAGUAGCGCUCGGCAUAACAGGUCCUCUAUUUGGCGAGGAAAAGAUGAUUCAAGUUGCUUACGCUUAUGAACAAAAGACUAUGGCACAGCGCGAUAAAAAGCCUACAAAUAUGCCCAAGACUGAACUUAAAGAUGUAAUGUAG